UCAAGGACCAAACAAAUAUUCUGAAUACAUUGUCACUUUCGUUCGCAAUAACACGUCAAUUCGCCCUAUUACUCAUAUCAACGUUCGUCAUUCAAUCGUUAAGUGUUUGAUGGAUGCACAAGCCCUCAGUCUCUUACUGAUAUUAGUGUCUUUGCCAGUUGCCUUAGAACAAACUUGGUAGAUUUUGCUUUUGUUGAACCGCUGAUUUGUAAAAUGUCGUACACUAACGGCACCUCAAAUAGAGGAGGAUAUGAGCAAAUUGGCCCUGAAGCACCGCUUCUAAAUACUGGCCCAUCUUCGGACGGUUCUAAAGGAUCAAGAUUGGUCCAUUUUAUCCUUGGUUCCAUUACUGCUGUUAUUGUAGUCAGUACCUUUAUUGGUUCCUUUAUUUUUCACAAAGAAUCAUCUGUGGCAUUAAAUGUUUUCUUUGCAUCUUGCAUCCUUUUGACUUGCACUUCAAAUAUUUCCCUGAUGAUUUGGUAUCGAAAUCAAGAAGUCACCUCCAUAGUUCGUUUCAUCAUCCACUUCAACUCGAUAAACAUAAUAUUGCUCUGCAUAUGUGCCAACUUGUACCUUCAUGGUUUCUAGCCUUCAGCUUCUUUAUGACAUUUGAUUAAUGACGAACAAGUUAUUUUUUGUAUCAACUAAAUAAUGUGUAAUGCCAGCAGAAAAGAAAUAACAAGACUGAAAAAUUGAUUUUUUUGUAACUAUUUACAUAUUCUUAAAUGAAUUCAAACUGGGGGGAUGGGAGGGAGAACUUAGAAUAUUUAAGAAAACUUAUAUAGUUGAUAGCACUCAAUGCAAGUCAUUUGUUAUUUUGGAUAGAGGACAAAAAUGCACAGAAAAAAAAAAUCAUUUUUUGUUGUUAUUUUAUAAUUUUUCUUAUAAUAAUCGGGAAGCAACAAGACUUUUUGACAAUUAAAAAAUUAUGGUUUGGUUUGGUCCCCGGCUGUAGUCUUAGUAAAUAAUACCGUAUUUAUAUAUCCUUCAUCUGGGUGGAUAUACACACGUAUGGCGCCUUUUUUUUUUCCUUUCUUAAAUCUCCCACAAGUAAACAAACACUUUGAUGACGAUACAAUAAUCGACGACUGACAUACAAAACAAACAAGAAAAAAAAAAAAAGAAACAAGCACACACACUUAGCACGCACAGCAAGCCGUGGGAUAUAGUAUAAAGGUAAAACAAAAAAGGAAUUUGGGAAUAAGGAGGA